AUGUUACGCAAAAAACCUACAAACAAGCGACAUGGUGCAACGAACAACGUAACUCAGAACAUUCCUAGCCUCGCAGGAUGGAUCGGUGAAUCCAAUGUAUUCAGGAUGCUUGUUGAGGCUUCUCUAUUAUUGCGCGAAAACCAUGGCCUACAAAUAGGUAUUUUCCGCGGGCAAGAUUACGCUAACAUUGAUGGGGCCCUUAUCAUUCGACCUGGGCCAACGUAUCCUUACGGGAGUCUUUCUGAGUCGUGGAACUGGUUAUCGAACCAUGAUCCUGACGAAGAUUUGAAAAUCAUACCCUUCGAUGUGAAGACCAACCUGUAUUCAAACAACACCAAACAGCCGGUACCAUUCUUCAUACUCGUGAUACCAGAAUACCCUGAUUAUCUCUGCUUCAUUCCUGCACGAAGCUAUCAGACACUGAAUGCCACUCACAGAAUGACACACCAGGCCAAGCAUCAAUCUGCUCGCUUGGAAUUUCGCACGGCAGGCCCAUGCCAAUUCACGUUUCCUGCAAUGUUGGCUCCGUUCGCUGUUCACCAUAGUGACCUCCCCGCUGCUUUGACUAACAUGGUAAACACGAUACUUCAUGGCGGGAACUAUGUCAACCCUUCCAAUUCUGUCGAAUAUCAUGGCUGCACUAUGCUGGGUCCCCUUCGCCAUAUGAGCCUGGUAUUUGACAUGAAGGGUGUUACUCAGGCAGCCUCAAAACGCAAAUACCUGAUCGAACAUAAAGCUAUCACAAGAGGUGAAAGUCUUCCAGCAACCAAUUACGACGCCCUGGCUCCUGAACAACAUUGGAACUUCCUAUUCCUUCAAAGAUCUAACAGAUUAACAAUAAUACCACGUCACUACGUUUCUUCGAGAACCUCGGCUCCAACAGGCGAUACCAUCGAUCUUGGAGAUCCUCAAAGUGGUCAAAAUUUCAUGCAAGUAAUUGAUAAGCAUAGUGAUACCGUCAAGAGAACCUUACAAGAUAAAUGGCGCGACCCUUGUAUUUCUUCUUCCCAAUGCAAGGCCACAGAAUUAGCGCAUUCUGACCAAGUCUCGACAAUACAAGGCGAAGUCCAAGGCCGAAAGAAGUGGAAUCUUCAGGUAGGGACGCAACGUUUCAUCCUCUCAUUCACAGAGGCCCUGAACGAACAAUGCUUCAAGUUAAAAGAGCACGUCUGUAUUGCUUUGCCAGAUAGUCCAUGUGGAGACUUGCUUGUGGUUGAGCAUUAUUGGACAGAUUCCGAAUAUGCCACUUUUCGAGAUAGUCGAAUAUUGCCUGUAUCAUUGGUCCGCAAGUCGAAUGGACCAAAUCCUCGUUGUGUAUUGGUCAAGCUCUUUGAGCCUGGGCGGCAAUCAGCAUUUGCGCUUCCAAUUUGUGCUGCGCAAGACUUCAUUGUCGUUGCAGCAACAGAGCCCGUCGAUAUCGAUGCGGCAAAGCCCGUAGAGCUUGGAAACUUGUGCCUUUUCCAUUCCGAUGAUACGAACUGGUUCCAGGAUUAUCCAUGUGUCCCAUGCCACAACACGUCAGAUCGACAGUGGUCGUAUAUCCAGAAGCAUGAGGCAACAUCAAACUCGAAAGGCGCUUCAAUCCUCAGCGCCUGCUUCCUGAAUGAAAAUGUCAAUCCGCUCAAAUCAAUCCAUAACUUUAUAGACGGGUCGGUCCAUAGAUAUUUCUGCGACCUUUUCUGUGAAGCUCAAUCUAGAUUUGUAACACAAAUCUAUGGUAACAGAGGUAUUCUACAACGACAGUGGAACCACGGUACGGCAAGACAAGUACAUACGUCCUCUUCUACAAGAGACCAAUUAUUUCGUAGAGUGUUGUGCACCCUACCCCCUGGAACACAACCAGCUUGCCCGAGAGCACUACGACAAACACUGAAGGAUAAGAUCCCCGAGGUCAAAGAGUCUACAUGCCUGAAGAGUGCUGAGCGGAUACGCAAUGAAGCUUACGCACGAAUUGUGGGCGAAUCUCAAUGGGGUAUCUCACUCAAUCGACUUGUCUCUCUAUCAGGAUUCUCUUCUAUCGUUCCACUUUCCUGUGACCAUUGCAAGGAUCCCGAAGAUUGCCUUUUCAUUCAACCGCCGUUUUUCAUUAAACAAGACUUCAAGACAAACAAAUGUCGCGGUUGCAUUCGCAAUGGAGUACCGUGCACGUUUGAACAGUUGUCAGUCGAGACCGUCGAAGACUUAGCAGGGUUUGAGCCUUUUCGUCGACACGUGCCUUGCAAUCGAUGCUGGGAUCGGGUUGAAGAAUGCGACAACAACGCGUUGGGUUGUCAACGAUGUUUUGACGCCGAUGAGGUAUGCGAGCGGGAAAAAUGCGCGAAUUAUGAUGAAGCUGGAGACGACUCAAGCUGCCGUGCUGACUGCAACCGCGCCCACCACGACGACAAGUACGAAAAUCUCACGGAAAAAGGGCGGGGAGACGGAGGUAAUUGGAGAGACAUUCGCUGGCAGAUUGCGAAUGAGAUUGACAACGUCCGCAUUGCUGCUUGCCAAAGCUGCUGGGAUAAAGGGUGGGAAGAGUUCUGCGACAACGGGGGGGUAGAACGGGGACCUUGCACAGUUUGUCGAGAGAUGGCAUCUGGCAGCGACGGGAAGCAGCAGUGUAUGCGGGUUAGAUGCCCUCGCUGGACACAGUGCAAGAAUCAAGCGUGCCAGCUGGCACAUAUAGGACAAGGAUUCGCAUUCUCAGAUCUUGUGUCACAGAGGCGUAAGAAUCGUCAGGUAUCUAACACCCGUCUACGUGCUAUGCACGGAAUCCCUCCAGUCGCGGAAGCUGCCUUUGCAGAGAUAUCUUUGAAACGAGGUCAGUCGAGCGGUUCUUAGAAGGCGACAUGCCGU